GAACAAGAAUAUAUAGAUGCAGUAUUAGAAGCUAUUACAAAUAUUUAUAAUAAGAAUUAUAAAUAUAAUUUACCAAUUAUUAUCAAUAAUGAAGUUGAUGAUCCAAAUGAUUUUCUUGUUAAUAUUUUUGGAAAGAGUAAUAAAAUUAAUAAAGAUAAAUUAGAAGAUUAUUUUCAAAAGCCUGAUUUUUUAUCUAUAUCAGGUAUAAGUAUACCUAUUAAAAGAAUAUUUUCAGGUGGUAUUGAUUUAAUUACAAAGAAACGAUCUAGUUUAAAUCAAGAAAGUAUUAGGGCAUAUAUGUGUCUUAAAAAUUUUUAA